CUUCCGUUGCGCCCAGCAGUCUCGACGCGACGUCCCGUACGGUACUCCGCGCCCGUUUUUUUUCCCCCCCCGAGAGAGAGAGAGAGACUCGCCGUCGUGCCUUGGACGCGGUGCCGUGCGACCGGGACGACGUGUGGUAGCGGCCGCGUUAACCGAGCGAUGCGAAUCGGCGCGGUGAGCUGCGUCCGUGACUGAGGUAACCUGUGUAUCUGUCGGGGCCGACAUCGCGCGUCCGAGCGGUCCGCCUGUUCUAGCACGCGGCCGCGUCACGGCCACGAACCGCCGAGCCACCGCAUAGAACGAACAGUGAGCCUCGCCGCGCCCGACAUGUCGAGCGAGAGCGUGAAGACGUUUGCCAGUUUGGAGACACCCGGCUACGUGGGAUUCGCGAACCUGCCGAAUCAGGUGCACCGCAAGUCCGUGAAGAAGGGCUUCGAGUUCACGCUCAUGGUCGUGGGUGAGUCCGGCCUCGGAAAGUCCACCCUGGUGAACAGUCUGUUCCUCACGGAUCUGUAUCCCGAGCGGAUAAUUCCCGACGCAGUCGAGAAGACCAAUCAAACUGUGAAACUCGACGCUUCGACGGUGGAGAUCGAAGAGAGGGGCGUGAAGCUUAGAUUGACGGUCGUCGAUACACCUGGCUAUGGGGACGCGAUCGACAACACCGACAGUUUCCGCGCCAUCAUUCAGUACAUAGACGACCAGUUCGAGAGAUUUCUUCGCGACGAGAGCGGUCUAAACAGGAGGAACAUCGUGGACAAUAGAAUACAUUGCUGUUUCUAUUUCAUCUCUCCGUUUGGCCACGGGUUGAAGCCGUUGGACAUCGAGUUUAUGAAGCAACUUCAUAACAAAGUUAACAUAGUUCCUGUAAUAGCGAAGGCCGAUGUACUUACCAAAAAGGAAGUCUUGCGCCUGAAGAAAAGGGUCAUGGAGGAGAUUGAGGGCAACGGAAUCAAAAUAUACCCCUUACCGGACUGUGAUAGCGACGAGGACGAGGACUACAAGGAACAGGUGCGUCAACUGAAGGAGGCCGUGCCGUUCGCGGUGUGCGGCGCCAACACCCUGCUCGAGGUCAAGGGAAAGAGGGUACGCGGUCGACUGUAUCCGUGGGGCGUUGUCGAAGUGGAGAACCCGGAUCAUUGCGAUUUUAUCAAGUUAAGGACGAUGCUGAUCACGCAUAUGCAAGAUUUACAGGAAGUAACGCAAGAGGUGCAUUACGAGAAUUAUCGUAGCGAGAGGUUGGCGAAGGGAGCUCCGGUGCCGCCGCGACGUCAAACCAUCGCGGAGACCGAUAAAAGCACCGCCGUGCUGGAGAAGGAUCGCAUUCUGCAAGAAAAAGAGGCGGAGAUACGGCACAUGCAGGAAUUGCUGGCUGUGAUGCAGGCGCAGAUGCAACAACAGCAACCUUGAUCAAACGUGCGUUUGUGUACCGACGUGUGAAAUGAAGGAGGCGACUCCUCCAUUGUUACGAGUGCCAAAAAGAUUUAUAAAACUUUUUUAGUGGCUCACACGGUUCGAGAUCUUGAUUCCGGGCGCGAUGUUUUUGAGCUCCCGUCUUUUAUUAGGACAAUCUCAUUUUGAUAUGCGUUUUACAGCCAUAUAUUUUGUAAGAAUAUGUCAACUACUAAUCGUCUUUUGAUAGGUGUACAUUGCCGAGGCUCUUGACAGUCUCCGUUAGUCAUCCAAAUGCCUUGUCCAGACAAACAGACCAAUAGAAUCGAUCUGAAAUUGUGGCACAGUAUGAAACAAAUGUUUGCAUAUCCAAGGUUGGUAGGUAAGGCACUUGAGUAGCUUGUUCCUUUUAACAAAAUUCAUUCGAACGAGAAUCGCUCUACGUCGAGGAUUUUACUGUGCGAGUACUUACCGAGAAUAUUGUUCGAAUCCCCCUCUCCUUUUUUUUUAACGAGUAUUUGUCUUCGAUUUAUCAGUUUCCUAUGUUUGUGAUUUUUGUCUUAAUUAUUAACAAACUGCUUAAUGUUUUAUCUCAUAUCGUGCAUUGAAGCAUAGGCAUAAUAAGAAUUUAAAUAAGAUCUUAUUACGUAAGUAAAAAAACGAGACCAAUGAAGCAAGAUUUGCGAAUGCAACUCUCUCAUGUAGCGCCUAAUAACUUACCAUUUUGAGAAACUUUUAAGUACAGAUCUCAGUUACACAUGCAUUAUAAAAAAAAAAGUAUUAGAUAUACACGCGACGUAACAAAUAGGAAUUUUACCUCAAAUAAAGAUAAUCAUAUAACAGAAUGACACGGAAAAGAAUCGUGAAAGAAGUGCCUUGCAACUUUUAUCUAUCACAAUACGAAUAUUAACAUAUUUAAGAAGUGCAAAUGCUUUCUUCGUGUAUAAAUAUGCAAACAGUUUGUUGCAAACAUUUCAGUUGCAUUAAAAGAAUCAUUUCCUCUAAUUGAGCAAUAUCAAUAUAGUCACGAGAAGUUGAUAGGUAAAACUUAUAUUACCGAUAGCAAAUAAAGAAUCUCAUAUUGAAUUCACGUAAGACAGUUUGUAUGAAGACUUUAGAAGGAUGAUGCAAUCCUCAGAUAAAAGGAUCUGACUGAUCACCCCAGAUUAUAUCUAAAAUCAACUACUGUUUAGCUUCUAAUAUUAAGCGACCUAGAAGUAAAGAAGUAUGAAUGUGCCAAAGCACUUUUUAAAAGAGAGGAUAAUCCAAAGUUAAUCUUAAAUACAUAAUAUACUCCAUUUUUUUCUUGCGACACCGGCCAUUUGUAACUUCUUUCUUCCAAGUCCCCACGCAUAUACGAGUCCACGAAACAUAUAAAUGAUAAUAUGUAUUCCUAUAUACAUGAAUACUGUAUUCGUCAUACACGAUAGGAGUAAAAACGUAACGUUUAAGAUAAAUGUGACAGAUUUAGGAACUUUUUGCGUAUAUCACGUAGGAGUGUCCCCUUGUGCGAAUUGUUUCAUGCAAUACAACGAAAUACGUGAAAUGU